AUGGAUUUUGUUACAGCACUUUUGACUGUCGGCGAUGCGGAUAACGCUGCCGCGGAAUACGCCUUGGCUUUUAUGAAAGCCGUGUGCGUGAGUCCGGAAAAUUGGAUUGCCAAGGUAUCGCAUCAGUUUGUGGGCCAGUGCUUCCGGGUUCUCGGCCUGAACUUCACCGUGAGUGUGGACGCCUUCAGCCAGACGCAGGAUCAUCCGUACCGCAAUGAUAACCCCAACUAUAUCUUCGAUCCGGUGCCGCUUUUGAUGCAGAAGGUGGACACCUUUCUGGAUCGGCUGCCGCAGGUGUUGGCCGAAUUUGGUGACAUUCUGGCCGAGCACAGCCAGGGCACCAGGUACGAUGAGCUGACACAGCCGGUGCCGUGCUAUCUGAAUCUGGUCAUGAAGUGGGUCAAGGUGGUGCACGCCAUGACCACCACCAUGCAGCUCAGCAGCAGCACCGCCCUGGAUCGAUUCCUCUGCGAACCUCUGGCCAGGAUGUCUUUCAGCAUUCUCAAUGGACUGUCGAAAUUACUACCCAAGUUCGAACUAGACAUUGUGGGCUUCAAAGAAAUUUGCCUAUCACUCACCGUGGACGUUCGCUAUGGUGUAUUCUAUCAGGAUACCUGCGCAGAGGUUGUUCCGCCCAUGCUGGACAUGUUCCGGGAGUACUAUAAAACGUUCUGUGGUGCCGAAAAAUCGGCUCUAGAUUUCGUCUACUGUAUCUUGACGGUGGUGAUGAAAAAUGACGAUAGCUAUAUCAAGGCUUAUCAGUUCUUGAAGACCAUGAUAAAUCAGUUCGCCAGCAGCAGCGAUCAAGGCCAAAAUCUUUAUCUGCGUCCCUUCACCAAUGAGCUGAUCACUGACAAAUUUCUGGUCUUGCAAUUCGGAUCACUCAAUGAGAGUAAUUCCAAACCCUUGCUCAUGGCCAUUCUUAAGUAUUUGAUGACCCUUCAAAGACAUUUGAUCAGCACUGAGUGCUUUUCAAAUCGUUUUCACGAGGUCCUGCUCCAGGUUGUCCUGCGAAUGUCGUCGUCUUCUGCGGCAGUUGCGUCCCUGGCUGCCGAGGUGUACAUCAAAUUAUCCCUGCGCCAGCACCAAGAACGGGACAUAGCUCAGCACAUCUUGGAGUCUUACAUUAAGAUCAGCAAUAAACAACGAAAGAACGUCACCUAUGCGCAGUUUCGAGCUGAACUUACACGUUAUCUGAAGACACUUAUUCGGCAUUUUCCGGCGCUGCAGGAGUUUGAAUUCUACGCAUAUGUGCUAACUGCCCCGAAUGCCAUGAUCGAAUUGAGUCUUAUUGCCGCUCAGUCGGUCAACGUACUCUUUGAACUGAACAUGGCUGAGUACUCAACGGUUCCAGAGGCUCGUGACCAGGUCAACGAAAUCCUGCGUUGCUUGCCAUAUUUUCUCCGAUCCUCAAACAAAGCUGCAACUCGACCUGUGCUCUACAGCAUUUAUGGCCUGGUCGAUUUUGACUCUGUGGCCGAGAGUGAUGUUGAGCUGCUUUUGACUUUGGAGACAUGCUGUCUGGAUAACUUCCUAAAUGACGACACUCUUAGUGAGUCCGAGUUCUAUGGGCUCUACUCGAACAUCUCAAGCUCUGUGGAGGCAACAGGAAACAUACAGAUACACACUUCGGCCUCGAGGGCUUUGAGAGACGAACAAGUUCGAUUGAAGGUCGAGUUGUAUACCACUGACUUGGAGGAUUCUGAAAAUCAGGAGCUAUUGAAGACAUUUGCCCAGAGUCUGCGUCGCAUACAUGCACUUCUAAUGGCCAAUAAGCUGCACGUUCGUUAUGUGACGGACAUGUACGAGACUCUGGUCAAGUUUGUGCUGGAAACACCCACACAGAACGACAAUAUAACUUUAUAUGGCUCCGAAUGUUUGGCUACCAUGCUGAUCCUGUUGCACAGAGAGCUCAAGGAUUCGGACGACGAAAUGGGCGUCAGAAUUUACACUCUAGUACAGCAGCUAAAAGAUUUUUGCGUUUCUGAAUUGUCAAACGUAGAUCACGCCUUAAAGCGAGCCAAGUUUAUGUUCUGUUCGAUUCUCACAUUGCAUUCGGGUCAGCUUUCGUAUUUGAACCUCGAUUCUGAUACCUACGACUUGAUAUUGGAAUCACUAAUCUCACUACCACAAAAAUCGCAGCCCGAAGGCACUAAACUUACCCAUAGUUAUGUUCGCGAAUUGCACUUUGAGUUUCGCCAACUAAUCCGGGCACCGGAAAUUGAAUUGCCCAACAAUCGGAUUUGGAAGGUGUUCGUGCAAUACAAAUCGUAUCCGCCUGCAUUGAAAUUCCUCGACGCAGAGAUUGAGGAGCUCAUAGGUGCCCUCAUGGAAUGUCGUGUUGAAACCUAUGCCCAUUGCCUGCCGGUUCUUCAGAUGCACAUUUACAAAGAGGCCAGCGCCAAGAAGCGGGCCUUAGCUGCCUUGACUGCCCACCUGCGACUCAUCGAUGGUAACUGCUCCGCUUUCGACUCCUGGAUGCUGCGGCUCAUCAUCUUUCAUGAUUCGCUGAAUCUCUUGAUCAAGAACAUGCGCGUGCGGCGAUUGGAGGCGACCAGUUCCCGUGAACGGAAUCGUCUUCUGCCGCUGCAGCACAUCCUGACCCUGGUGGCCGAUUUUCGCCUUCAGGAAUCGCACAUCAUGAACAUGGCUAAGAUGGUGCAUAUUUUAAAGGAGGAGGUAGUUGGAGCCCAGGAGAGUUCGGAAAUCGAGAGUUUCAUCACUCAGAUUAGUAAGUUUAAGUAUCAAGUCGAGGACGAACAUUUGGAGGCUUCUGACAACGAGAAUUUUGUGGGUAAGCUAAAAGCUUUGCCGCCUGGAGCACUCGAUUUUUGGCAGCACAAUGCUCUACGUGAAUUAAGUCGCUUAUCUGCUUCGCAAACCCGCGAAGUUCCUUCAAGUGCUGGAGAAUCGUCAUAGACAUAUUUAUAUCUUA